AGUUAUUGAAAAAUUUCAUUUUUUGACAUACAGACAUAGAAAAUCGUCUCAUACUAAACUGAUAUAAGUUGACAGUGUCCAGUAAUUGGCAGGAGAAUACUUUGAUAUAGAUAGAUUUAUAAAAACAAUGUUUACCGACGCGAAACAGCUGGAAACAGUGGGUAAACUGCUGUCGAACCCGAAUGACCACUCGCAGAAAAAUUUCCCUCGAUCCAGUCUUGACCAUGAAAAUCUGUCUGAUCGAUUCAAGUUGAAGACAAGGAAUUUUGGCCGGCAGUUCGCUCACCUUUAUGCUGAGCGAUUACAAAUGAUGAGGGCCAAUGUUACCAGUGCUGCAAGGAAGAAAUGGGGUCCAGAUAUUCCAAUACGGAAGUUAUUUGAGCUGAAUUCUGAUGAAGAGUGUAUUGUGAUUGCUACUCUGUUCAAGAAGAUGCAGCUGAAGCCUAACAUAUUGAGGGAAAUUAGUGAUGAGCACAACUUGACACCUCAGCCCAUCCUGACCAGGUACACUCACGAGGAUGAUGAACUCAUCCUGGAAGACGAGCUACAGAGAAUAGUCCUAAAGGGAAAUAUUGAUGUUCAUAAGUUUGCCACUGGUGUUGUCAUUGCUGUUAAGGGCAUCGAACCGGAGACUGACAAGGGAAAGUUCCACGUUGAAGAACAUUGCUUUCAGUGUCUACCUAGCCAAGUCCCAAGGCCAGUGGUGGAAAAAGACAGAUAUGUAGCAUUGGUGUCUGGCUUCGACAUUGGCAACACAACAGAGGAUUCUCUCGGCUUGCAGUUAAUGGUGGACUUCCUGACAGGACAGUUGGGUGAUGUGGGACAACAGGAGGCUGCCGCAAGUAUAGCAAGAGUUAUUAUUGCUGGUAACUCACUUCACGAAUCAACACAAUCAAAAGGACAAUUAAACAAGGCCAAAUAUUUAUCAAAGAAUGAAUCAGCUGGGACAGUUGCAGCAGUCAGAACCCUAGAUGACAUUCUCGUACAACUAGCUGCCUGCGUUGACAUUGACAUCAUGCCAGGAGAAUUUGACCCUGGUAAUUACGUCAUGCCGCAACAACCCCUGCACAAAUGUAUGUUUCCUCAGGCAACAGUCUAUCCGACCAUGCAUUCUGUAACUAAUCCUUACGACUGCUCAGUAGAUGGAAUCAGAUUCCUAGGAACCUCUGGCCAGAAUGUUACAGAUAUUCAUAGAUACAGCAGACUCGAUGACAGAUUGGAAAUACUUGAAAAUUUAUUGACAUGGGGACAUCUGGCUCCAACUGCACCAGAUACGCUAGGGUGCUAUCCAUAUUAUGACGAGGAUCCUUUCAUCUUGACCGAAAGUCCACAUGUCUACUUUGCCGGAAAUCAGCCAGAAUAUCGAACAAAAGUUUGUAAAGGUGAUCGGGGCCAGGAAGUCCUCUUAGUGUGUGUGCCAAAUUUUAGUACAACAGGAACAUGUGUUUUGGUGAACCUACGAAGCAUGGAGUGUUCACCCCUGGUGUUCCAUUCAAAACUGACAACAUCUUCACCGUCUGUAAGCCCCGACGUGGAGAAAUAGACAUUUACAUAAUGCAUUUACGCAGCAGUGCGUGAGGACAUGCAUGUUUUCACCUUGUGAACAUUAUCGGUUCAUUGGUGGUGAAUUUGUGAAGGACACUGUUUCUGUGAGCUUGACUUGAACUGUUGAUCUCACAAGGUCAUACAUGUGGUGCGGAUAACAUCUUGUGUGUCUUCUGCCGGAUUAUUGUUUUGGAUUCACCUGACUAUAUUCAUAGACCUGUUGAUGCUGACAACAGCCUCUGACAGUUUAGGAGAUUAGAAACUGUUGUUUAUGGAAUGAACUUUUUUUUCAAUAAAAUCAUGUAUUCCACAUA